UUUUACAUUGAGUUACAUAAGUCUUAAGAGUGGCGACCGAAUGAAAAAAAGAAAAGAAAAGAAUCGAAUCGAAUCUAAUCGAUUCGAAAAUACCACCCAAUCGCAAGUCGAUGUGCCCCCCGAAAGCCUAAGUAUAUUCCUAACCACAAAUGUAGAAAAGAAAGACAAAUCUCCUUGCACAACGUUUUGGUUCAAGUAACGUUUUGUAUUCAUGCGUUCAAGUCAUUUUUCCAUGCAGGCCGAAUAUCCGAUACGAUUUCAGAGUAUCACAAUCCAUGAGUUCAGAGUAAAACAAGCACAAAUACACACAAGCAAGGCAGCCAGCCAGCAGCAAGCAGGCAGGCAGGCAAACCAUCAAACGACUCAGAACUACGGAUAUUACAGUCUGGAUAAUAGUACAGCUGACAGGAGCGAAAGCGGAGAGACAUCGCUCCAGCGGAGACGUCAUCUGAUCUGAUCUGAUCCGGUCCGGCAAUCAUCUCCAAGUGGACAAACGCAAACAAUUUCGAAUUGCAGAUAAACCCGACAUGUCGGCGGCUCGCUUGCCCUACUAUCAGCAGGAUCAUCCGCCGGACCAGCAGCGGCGCGGUGGACGCGGCCAGCGGGGCUAUUCCGACCGCAACGCCUCCGGCUCUCAUAGACGGGAGCGUAGCCGCUCCAUAGAACGCCGUCGUUACAGUCGCAGCCGCUCUCGCUCCCGCAGUCGUUCCAUAGAGCGUUCGGGCCAACGGCGACGACGUGACGAGCGGAACGAUGAGCGGCGUCAACAGCAGCCAACGCGCUACCACCGCGAAAGGGACUCCAGGGAGCGUUCACGGGAGCGAGACCGUGACCGUGACCGUGAACGUGAACGUGACCGUGACCGCGACCGCGAUUACUCCAGACGCUCCAGCCAUUAUCGUCGUUCAGACUCGCCUGUAUCCGGCGGUGGAGGCGGAGGCGGUGGCGGCUGCCCCAGCUCCAGUUCCAGUCAGCGACGCUAUCGCCAAUCAUCUGGAGGCGGGUCAGAUCCGAAUGCCGCCCAGAAUCCACACAAUGAGGCCCAGCCAGCAAACAGAUCCAAUGCCAUGUCCGCCGUGGGCGCCUAUUACAACCUUGACACGGAGGAGCCUUUCGACAAGGAGCGCAUUCAUCGUGAAAUGGAGGAGAAACUGCGUGAAGCCCUCGCCAGAGAGGGAAAAGUUUAUCCGCCACGUAAGCCUGAGCCGCCGUCGCAUCCUGUCUUUGCCAAUGAUGGCUCGUUCAUGGAGCUGUUCAAGAAAAUGCAGCAGGAGAAAAGCCAGCAGCUGCAGAUCGGCCAGGACUAUCAAUUGGAGAAUAGUGCGCUCGGAUCUGGCAGCACGGACCUACAAACACCGACAGAGGCUCAUCCAGGCAUACCUUGCCUGCCCGCCAUUGCAGUGGGAGCUGCAAACAGUGCGACAGCACCCUAUAUUGCUGCUGCGGCAGCCGGAAAAUCUGCUCCUCCGCCACCCAUGGUGGGACGUCGGCGCGGCGGCAAGGUCCUGAAAACCGGGAUGGUUGCCAAAUUGAAGACACAAAAUGAGCAGGAUGUGGAUCCGAAGGACUUCUGGUCGCUAUAUUUAGCCGAGGUCAACAAAUAUAAGAGCAAUGCCUGCGAUACGGACAAUGGCAAGCGUCCAUUGGUCAAGUAGGGCAUGGAAAAAUGAACUUGAACGCAUAACGCAUAAGAAACUCCCUAUGGAGACUCUCCCUUCAGGAGCGAUCCUCCCGUUUGGUUUGCUUUAUGCCCCGCCACACACCAGUCACCAGACACACUCGACACAAUCCGAUCUGGGCAUCACGCGCCCUCAAGCUCACAUUAAAAUUACAUAUGUACAUUAUGCAAAUGAUGGUAGAUCCGAUCCGCAGAGAAUUGUAGUUUUCUGAACAAGAGAUAUUUGUGAAUGUAAAUUACGAGAAAUUUUUGGCUUUUUUUUUUUACAUAUAUUAUAGUGCAUAUGUAUUGUAUGUAACUUUUUCACACGUUUAGGGACGAAGCCGUAGCCGCUGCCUCAUUAUAAGAAUACUAAUGAAUGAUUAAUCAUAGAAUAGCUUCUAAGGCCGUAGCAUAGUGGACUUAUACGUAUUGUAUAUGUAUCUCUUUCUAUAUUAUAUACAUGCAAACAUAUACAUA